GACAAAAAAGGAAAACAAUACAAGAGGCAGUAAAUCCAACGGCGGAUAUACCAUCUAUACACGCCUCUGCCGCCAAAAUGAAAACAAGAGUACUCGAAUCCAACGGCGGAUAGCACCGGAUUCAACAAGGAUAGAUUUGGACUGCUAAAAUAUAUACAGGUUAAAACUUAUGAAUCUUCUUGUUCAAUAAAAUGGUUUCCUCCCACUUUAUAAGAUCAGUUCUUUUUAUUUUCAUUGUUUAUCUUCAUCUUCCUUGCACGACUUUAUCAAACUCAGAACCAGAAGAUAUUACUAUCGAUGUGAACCAAGCCCAUAAACUUCUUCAUCAGGGCCACACUUUUCUCGAUGUCAGAACUGUUGAAGAAUUCGAGAAAGGCCAUGUUAAUUCAGAGAAAGUCUUUAAUGUUCCCUACUGGUUCUAUACUCCACAAGGUCAAGAAAAUAACCCAAAUUUCUUGAAACAUGUUUCAUCUCUCUUUAACCAAACGGAUAAUCUCGUCGUGGGAUGUAAAUCUGGAGUUAGAUCUUUGUAUGCUACCAGAGUUCUUGUUUCUUCUGGAUUCAAGAGUGUAAGAAACAUGGAUGGUGGUUAUAUCGCUUGGAUGGAGAAGAGAUUUCCAGUUAAAGUGGAACUCAAGUACGAUGAGCUCUGAUUCAUUUCAGCUAACCAAAGAUGGGAUGUAAAUCUGGAGUUAGAUCUUUGUAUGCUACCAGAGUUCUUGUUUCUUCUGGAUUCAAGAGUGUAAGAAACAUGGAUGGUGGUUAUAUCGCUUGGAUGGAGAAGAGAUUUCCAGUUAAAGUGGAACUCAAGUACGAUGAGCUCUGAUUCAUUUCAGCUAACCAAAGAUGGCAUGUUAAAUUGAAUUUUCAAACUUUAGAUUUAUUAUAGCAAAAAGAAACACAAACUGAAGAUUUUGUGGUUGAGAUUUCAAAGAGAAGAAAAAAUGGGCAGGCCGGGCACUGUAGCUCCGGAAUCAAGAAUGUAUAUAUUGCCGGAGACAUAUUUCGAAGAG